AUGCCUUCUCCGACGAUUUCAGAUUCCUCGUCUCGGAAGAGACGAUUCGACGACCUGGACGACCAUCAUGCCUCUUCAGCGGAAUCGGACAGGCCGUUGGACGACGCCACACCGCGUCCCGGACGAUUUCUACAAUCUCAACAAAUACUGCAAACUCAGCCGCUCGGAUGGAUCCCUUAUUCGGUUGAGCGAGGGCGAGGCACGCCUUCGGUCACAUCAAGGGCAUCUAGCCACUCAGUCGCAACUUCGAGUCGAUCAGGUCGGUCGAAACAAGACUCGGCGUCCAACAGGUCAUCUCCUUCGAAGCAGUUGCGCAAUGCCGAGAUGAACGAUACUGGAUUUACCGUGGGGAGUUUUGUUCUGGAACCUCAGCCCGAAUCUCUCCGGAAACUUCGAAUCGAGCUGCGGGACUUUGGUGCUGGGUACGGCGUCUGCCCAGCUUCAAUGAAGGAUGAGAUGCUGGCAAAAGAUCCCGAGCUCCCCCGAUAUGCGUUUGAUAACACCGAAGCCCCAUGCCCCUCGGCGAGUACCAUGCCACCUUUCGACUGGGUCGAGGACCUUGUGAGGAGGGCCAACAAAUGUCGAAUCGACCGAGAGUGCGAGGCUUCCUGGAACGGAGACGUCCACGCUCCAAUCCUGGAGCAAGUCUUCCGGGCUGGCCGGUUCUCGAGCAUCGACAUGGUCGACUUCCGGUGGUGUCCUACAGCCCAGAUUCUACAAAGCUUUAGGCCUCAAAAGGCACCCACCAAGAUGGUCGACUUUUGCGUCUUUGUUUGCCCUGGCGAGGGUACCUCCGAGGAGAGCGCAAUCAAAAACCUCUGUCAAAAUAGGCCAGGGCAAUCGAUAAAUCACACCGACCUCGGUAACUUUUGCAAGCAUCCCAUUGUGCUGUCUAUUGAAACUAAGCGUCCUGGGGAGCACGGGGAUAACGCCACGCUGCAGAUAGGGACUUGGCACUCGGCCCAGUGGCGCAGCUUGCGGUACGAACAAAACCGAUCUUCCCGGUCUAUUGAGUUCCUGCCUGGCAUCAUCAUUCAGGGUCAUGAAUGGAGGUUUGUCGCUAGCGUCCUAGAUGUGAGCGGCAAGUGCCAGCUCUUAGAAGCCGUUGCGCUAGGCAACACGGGGUCAACACUGGGGGUGUAUUCGUUGAUGGCCUCGUUGCAACGCUUAAGGCGGUGGAUUAAGGAGGAGUACUGGCAAGCCUUUGUUUCGGAUAUUUUGAUCUAG